GAGAAACAUCAGACUGAGGACAGAAACACACCAGAUCUGAGAAAUGGCUCAGACUCUAUAUUUCCCUCUUCUCCUCAUUGCUCUCUGCUCCAUAUCUGAAUGUGUUCAGCAUCAUUAUUACUAUAUAAAUGAGGGGAAGAACUGGACUGAAGCUCAGAGAUACUGCAGAGAGAAAUACACAGAUCUGGCCACCAUUGACAACAUGAACGACAUGAUCCGGCUGAAGAAGAGUGUGAAUGAUGCACCUGUUGAGAAUAUGUGGAUUGGUCCUCGGAGGACGAAUGUAUAUAAAUGGCAUUGGUCUUCAGGUGAUCCUGUGCUCUUUCUGAACUGGACAUCUGGAGAACCAGCCGGCACUAAUGAGUGUACUGUUAUGAAUAAUGGACAGUGGGAUAAUGAGGCAUGUAAUAACACUCGUGUCUUCAUCUGCUAUAACAUGGGCAGAGGACUGGUGUUUGUUGAUCAGGAGAUGAACUGGAGAGCCGCUCAGAGUUACUGCAGACAGAAUCACAUUGAUCUGGUCAGUGUGAGGAACCAAAAUGAGAGUCAACAGCUGGAGAACUUCAUUAAAGACAAAAACUCACGUGGAUCUCCAGUCUGGAUCGGUCUGUUCAGAGACACAUGGCAGUGGUCAGAUCAGAGCAACUCCUCAUUCAGAUACUGGUAUACUGGUGAACCAAAUAAUGCUGGAAAUAAUGAGAAAUGUACAGUGAUUGGCGCAUAUUCUCAGAGAGGAUGGGCAGACGUUGCUUGUGAUGAUCGCCGGAUUCCUUUUGUGUGUCAUGACGAUAAACUGAUUGUGAUCCAGCAGAAUCUGUCGUGGUCUGAAGCUCUGAGAUACUGCAGACAGAAUCAUGUGGAUCUGGUCUCGGUUCAGUCAGUGGAGAUGCAGCGUCGUGUGAUGAAUGUGGUUAAACUGGCAUCUACUAAUGCGGUGUGGUUGGGUUUGCGUUAUUCCCACAUUUUUGGCAUCUGGUACUGGGUGAGUGGAGAGACCGUGUGCUAUCAGAAAUGGGCUCCAAAGUACGGCACAUCAGAGGAGGACUGUGAGCCCACAGUGAGAUCUGGAGCAGUUCAGUCUGGAGGAAAUUGGCACUGGAUCAGUCGUCCUGAAACUGACCGACUCAACUUCAUCUGCAGAAACUACUGAGAGUGAAGAAGUAAGAUG